CCCUGCUGCUCCCCAUCAUCUUUCCCUGCUGCUCUCCAUCAUCUUUCUCUGCUGCUCCCCAUCGCCCACAAUGAGCUCCACCCCUGCGGUCUCUGCUGGCUACAGCCUCAUCCAGGACUUUGGUGUUGCUGGCGCCUUCUAUGAUAACUUCAACUUCCAGAACACCGGCCGCACCAGCGGGUUCGCCAACUACGUCGACCGUGCCACCGCCGAAGCCAGCCAUUUAAUCAACUCGUCCGCCUCCAACGGCACCCUGCUCACUGUCGACUCCACAAAUGUCUUCAGCCCAAACUCUACCGGCCGCCCUUCUAUCCGUCUCGAGUCCAAGAACCUCUACGGCUGGGGUUUGUACAUCUUUGAUGUCGCCCACGUUCCUUCUGGCUGCGGCGUCUGGCCGGCCAUGUGGUUCAAGAAGGCCGACUCGAACGACACCAUCAUUGCCGAAAUCGAUGUCAUGGAGACCAUCAACCUCCGCCAGAAGAGCGAGCACAACCUCUUCAGCGGCAAGGGCUGCUACGCUUCCCCCGACCGGCAGCAGCUCGGCACGGCGAUGGGCACGGAUUGUGAUGCGACCAAGCCCCGUGUGCAGGGUACCGUCUACGGCUGCGAGAACGAGGGCGACCCCAAUGCGGGCGGUAUCGGACCUGCCUUCAAUGCCAACGGCGGUGGAGUCUACGCCAUGAACCUGGAUGCUCGCGCCCUCAACCUCUACUUUUUCCCACGCAGCUCCGUGCCCGCUGACAUUGCUGCCGGAACUCCCAACCCGGGCUCGUGGACGGUUGAGCCCACCAUCAACUUCCCAUUCGACUGCUGCUCGCCGGACUACUUUGACAAGAUGACCAUGGUCAUCAACACCAACUUUUGUGGCAGCUGGAUUGCCCUCGGAACGGACCAAGCCACCUGCCCCAUGAUGACUGCCGAUCCCGCUGCCUGCAGCGCCUAUGUCGGGGCCAACCCCUCGAGCCUUGGCGAAGCCUACUGGCAAUUCAACUCGAUCAAAUACUACAAACCCACUGUGCCGCCUGCGUUUGCCCCCAACACCACGGCAACCUGUCCGAGCGAUGCCAUCGUUACCUCGAGCCUUAACGAGAGCCUGCCCGUGAGCGCCUCGGCUCCAUUGGGCUCGGCUCCCACCGGUGCCUCUGUGGCGGCCAAGAGCCAGGCCAUGGGUGGUGCCAGACUUGCUUCCAAGGCGCUGCUGACUGCGAGCCUCGUCGGCAUCUGCGGCUGGGCGUUGUCCGUGCUCUAGCUCGACAGCCAUGGUUGCUACUUCGACUCACGCCGUUCUCCCGUCGCCUCGACGUGUCUCGACAACAUAUCGAUUCGAAUCAUUCUAAACUGAUUAUUAUCACUCUACUUACACCUGGACACAUUAUAUAUCUACGAUCUGAUAGAAAGCAGUCCGGCAGCUACACUAUGCAACACCUUGCCAUGUUCACUUUUCUUUGGCCUGGCACGGACCUGGCUUUGUCCGUUGGCUCCCCCUUUCGGCCACUGCAGUAUCUAUGAAACAAUACCUUUGAUCCAAUACAAAGCGCAUGGGCCUACCGUCUUACCCAGUGCUUUCCCCAGAAGCGGGCCG